GGCUAUGUUUGUAAUGAUUUUGACGGCUGUAUUAUGUGUAAUCGGCGCAUCAAAUGCAGCAUCGACGUCGUACAAUGUGUUGCAGUUUGGCGCCAAACCGGACGGCAAAACCGACUCCACUCAGCCGUUCCUCAAGGCGUGGGUGGCGGCGUGCACCUCAGUGAAGGCGGCCAUGAUUUAUGUGCCCAAAGGGCGUUACGUCAUUAAGGCGGCGGAGUUUCGGGGGCCAUGCAAGAAUUCCAUUACUGUGAGGAUUGAUGGAACGCUCAUCGCUCCCUCCGAUUUUCGAGCUCUCGGAAACGACGACCACUGGAUAUUGUUCAUUAACGUUGACCGGUUAUCGGUCAUCGGAGGAAGUUUCGACGGUAAGGGAGCUGGCCUUUGGGCUUGCCGGAAAUCCGGCAAGAAUUGCCCUGCCGCUGCCAGGUCGAUAACAUUCAACUGGGCAAACAACGUUGUGGUGAGAGGCUUAACGUCGGUGAACAGCCAAGGAAUGCACCUCGUAAUCAACAGCUGCAACAACGUUAGGGUUCAAAACGUGAAAAUUAUAGCCCCCGGCGACAGUCCCAACACUGACGGCAUUCACGUCCAGUCCUCCAACGGAGUUACCAUCACCGGCGCCUCAAUUAACACCGGAGACGAUUGCAUAUCAAUCGGCCCGGGAACGCGAAACCUGUGGAUGGAGAAAAUACAGUGUGGGCUUGGACACGGUGUCAGCAUUGGGAGUCUGGCAAGGGACUUCAAUGAAGACGGAGUCCAAAACGUGACAUUAAUAAACUCAAUUUUCAAAGGUUCAGACAAUGGAGUGAGGAUCAAGUCAUGGGCAAGACCUAGUACAAGCUAUGUAACCAAUAUCAACUACCGCAACAUUGUUAUGCGGAGCGUGCAGAACCCUAUCAUCAUCGACCAAAACUAUUGCCCUAACAAUGAAAAUUGUCCAAGCCAGAGCUCGGGGGUAAAGAUUAGCCGGGUGACGUACCAAAACAUACAAGGGACAUCAGCGACACAGGUUGCCAUGAAAUUUGAUUGCAGUGCAAGUAAUCCGUGCAGAGGGAUUAAGUUGCAGGACAUAAAGCUGACCUAUGUGGAUAAAACAAAGGCAAAAUCCUACUGCAAGAACAUAGGUGGCAGCGCCGGAGGGGUUAUCUUGCCGGAAAACUGUUUGUAA